AGGAAGGAAUGACGAAUAAGAGAGAUCGUACGCGUUGUGAUCGCUCGAUGAAAACAGUUAGAGAGGAACUAGCUAGUAAUCCAGAGAUCCGAACGUCGAUGGAGAGACCGCAGACCUGCAAUUUACUCUUGCUGCUAGUGUUGUUCCUUCUUGUCUCGGAUGAGUUUGUUUUGGGAGCUCAUGCGAGUCUCUCCAGUACGUCAAUGGCUAAUGCCCAUCCAAAGGCAGCAAAUUCAAGCCGGAAUUAUUACCUUAGACGAAGCCAAUUUCCCAAAGGUUUCCUGUUUGGGGCAGCCACAUCAGCUUACCAACAUGAAGGUGCGACAUGGGAAGAUGGUAGACGUCCUAGUAUAUGGGAUGCUUAUGCUCAUGCUAAUCCAGGUAAAAUUAAAGAUGGAAGCACGGGCGAUGUGGGUUCCGACUCCUACCAUCUAUACAAGGAUGAUAUAGCCCUUGCAAAAUCACUGGGCCUGAAUACUUUCAGAUUUUCACUCUCCUGGUCCAGAAUACUGCCCAGAGGUAAGCUCAGUGGAGGCAUCAACCAAAAAGGGCUCCAACAUUAUAACAACGUCAUCAAUGAGAUCCUAGCACAAGGACUUACGCCAUUUUUGUCACUAGUCCAUAUGGAUAGUCCUCAAUGUUUGGAUGAUGAAUACGGUGGCUUUUUAAGCAAUCGAAUCGUGACCGACUUUCGAGAUUAUGUCGAUUUGUGCUUCAAGGAGUACGGCGACCGUGUCAAGUAUUGGAUCACAAUAAACGAGCCAUUUACCGUCGCUAAAGGCGGCUAUUACGCCGGUGACCUAGCCCCCGGCCGGUGCACCAGCCACGGCAACUUUACCUGCGACGAGGGAGAGUCGGGUACCGAGCCCUACUUCGUUGGCCACAACCUGCUCCUUGCUCAUGCAACGGCGGUCCAAUUGUACAAGCAGAAAUAUCAGGCAACUCAGAAAGGUUUUAUUGGAAUGGCGAUGAAUGUGGAUUGGUACGUCCCUAUGACCUCGAGUGGACGGGAUAAAAGUGCCGCGAGAGAUGCCCUUGACUACAACUUCGGUUGGUUCAUGGAGCCACUAUACCGUGGUGAUUAUCCAGAGAGCAUGAAACAAUAUGUCGGCGGUCGGCUCCCAAGAUUCUCUAAGCAACAAUCGAAAUUGAUAAGAAACUCAUUCGAUUUCAUCGGCAUCAACUAUUACACGGCUCGAUAUGUAAAGGCCCUCGACUUAUCUGCUAACCGUCACCUCGUUCUCCCUGAGUCGCAUGCCGCAGUUACCCUGAUAGAUGACAAAGGGAAACCAAUCGGUCCUCUGACAGCCGCCGAAUGGAUGGCCAUUUAUCCAAGAGGGCUUUGUGAUCUCUUGCUCCACAUAAAGAACACGUAUCAGAAUCCUCUUAUCUAUAUCACAGAAAAUGGAGUUCCUGAUGCUGGGAACUACACGUACCCACCACUUGUAGCUCCACCAAACGAUAACCUAAGAGCUUCAUCUAUUCGAGAUCAUCUCUCCUUCCUUAGAAGGGCCAUGAGAAUGGGAGUCAAUGUGAAGGGCUACAUCGUUUGGUCUUUGCUUGAUGGGUUCGAGUUGGGUGAAGGUUACAAAACCAAGUUCGGAUUGUUCUAUGUUGAUGUUAAGGAUCCUUCCGUCAGAAUCCCAAAAAUGUCAGCAAUCUGGUAUCGGAAGUUCCUUACGGGACAUUAAUCAGAUUGAUUGGAUUAGUAGUUUUGAUUAGUACUAAUCGGAUACUAAUAGAGAGGCUUGGAAAUAGGAUGGAUGUUAUUAAUAACAUGGAUACUGCGACAUGAACGAGUAGGUUUCUUUUGCUUUUUUUUUUCUUCCAUAAAACUGUACAAUUACACAACGUACCGAUCUUUAUACCGUUAUUUAUUUUGGGUGCGGCUAACACUCAAGAAAGUUAUAAAGUAAGG